AUGGUUGAAGCAUUGUUUCGAACACUUGUUCCCACGCCCAUGCUUCCUUCUUCUGCAUGCCCUUUACACGUCCCUCCAACCCAUAAUGGCUUCAACCCUUCUUUCAAGAAGUCCAGACGAAACCUCAAACUUGAGACACCCCAAUAUCAUGGACUUUCUGCUGUUUCAACCUGUGAGCAAAACUUUCAUCUUCAUGACUGGCCUCAGCUCCUUCAAUCCUCAAUUGGGUCACAAGAUUAUAUGCUGGCUCAGGCAAUUCAUGGGUAUCUAAUCAAAUCUGGUUGUGAAGGUGACCUGUUUGUGGAUAACAAUCUUGUGAACCUUUACUCAAAGUUCAAUAAAAUGGGUAACGCACAGAGGAUAUUUGAUGAAAUGCUUGUUAGGAGCACAGUCACUUGGACUACCCUCAUGAAGGGGUAUUUGAAGAGUGGUGAUCUUCAAUCUGUUUUCCAUAUUGCACUUGAUAUGUGCAUGCUUGGAGAGAUGUUCAAUGAACAUACUUGUUCAGUGGUCCUGCAGGCAUGUAAAUCCCCUGAAGAUCAUGUUUUUGGUGAGCAGAUUCAUGCUUUUGUCAUUAAAAAUGGGCUUCAGGAGAAUGUUGUUGUGGCUACUUCAUUGGUUUCUAUGUACUCUAGAAGCGGCCACUUGGGUCAUGCAGAAAAAGUGUUCACUGGCACUAGUGUUAAAGAUGCUCAGUGCAUAAAUUAUAUGAUUUUGGAAUAUGGCAAGGCAGGCUUGGGGGAUAAGGCAUUUCAGAUCUUUGUGGAUAUGCUAAACUCUGGAUUGAACCCAAGUGAUUAUACAUUUACGAAUUUGAUCGUUGCAUGUAAUCUAAGUAUAGGAAUGUACAUAGGAAAGCAACUACAUGGGCUUGCAGUGAAGUACGGUUUUAUGCGCGAAACAUCUUUUGUAAAUGCAGUAAUUACAAUGUAUGGGCAACAUGGAAUGGUCAAAGAGGCUGAGAGAGUGUUUUUUGAGAUGGAUGAGAGGUCUUUGAUUUCCUGGUCCGCACUUCUGUCAGCAUUUGUUAAGAACGGCUAUGCUAACAGAGCCCUUGAAUUUUUCUUAAAUAUGCUUCAGAUUGAUAUGCCUCUUGAUUCUGGUUGCUUCAGCACUGUACUUGAUGGAUGUUCAGAAUGCAAUAAUUUGAAAUUUGGGCUUCAAAUUCAUGGACUUACAAUAAAGCUUGGCCAUGUCUCUGAUAUAAAUUGUGGUACUUCUUUAGUAGAUUUGUAUGCUAAAUGCAGAAGUUUGCAGUCUGCAAGAGCAAUUUUUGACAGGCUCCCAAAUAAAACUAUUGCUUCCUUUAAUGCAAUUUUAAUUGGAUAUUUAAAUUCAAAAAUAAGAGAUGAUGAAGAAGAUCCUAUGGCUUUUUUCAGCAAACUAAGAUUCAAUGGUGUGAGACCGGAUAUGGUAACAUUUUCACGGCUCCUUAGUUUAUGUGCUAAUCAAGCAUGCUUGGUAGCUGGGAAGAGUCUUCAUGCAUACACAAUAAAGGUGGGACUUGAAGAUUAUACUGCUGUAGGCAAUGCUGUAAUUACUAUGUACGCUAAAUGUGGCAGUGUUCAUGAUGCUUAUCAAAUAUUUAGUUGUAUGAACCGUGAUCAUGUGACCUGGAAUGCAAUAAUUUCUGCAUAUGCUGUUAAUGGUGAAGGAAACAAUGCACUUUUGCUCUUUGAGGACAUGAAGGGACAGGGAUUUGCUCCAGAUGAGAUUACUAUAUUGGCUGUUCUCCAAGCAUGCAGUUACUCAUGUUUAUGGGAAAUUGGGUUAUGCCUAUUCAAUGAAAUGGAACCCAAGUAUGGGAUCAGGCCUGUGAUUGAGCAUUACUCUUGCGUGAUUGAUCUUUUAGGUCGAGCAGGAAAUCUAUCCAAAGCAAUAGAUAUCAUCAACAAAUGCCCAUUUUCUGAAUCAUCUUUGCUUUGGAGGACUUUGGUCAAUGCCUGUAAGCUGUGUGGUGAUUUACAACUUGGAAUGUGGGCUUCCAAAAAAUUGCUUGAUUUAGCACCCAAUGAGGCCUCCUCUUACAUACUUGUAUCAAAUAUGUAUGCUGAAGGAGGCAUGCCAGAAGAGGCUGCAAAGGUGAGAACAGCUAUGAAUGACUUGAAGUUAAUUAAAGAAACUGGCUCUAGCUGGAUUGAGGUAGAAAAUGUAGUUCACUAUUUUAUUGCAAGUGACAAAGACCACCCUAAAAGCAGAGAAAUUUAUGCGUAUCUGGAUCUGUUGACAGAUGAAAUAUAUUGGAGCUGCGAGAACAAAAAUAAUCUCCAACUGCUCUCUGUGACAUAAUGAUGUUAGAAAUGAUCUAGUUCAGUUGCAAGAUUUCAAAGGGGGAGGUUCUGAUAAUUUCACUAUAGUAAUUCUGUAUACCAUUUCUAACCAAGAGAAGGUUGGAAAAUUUUGAACAGCAUCGUUUGUAAGAUUCAUUGUACAGUGACUGCCAGAAGUUUUUGAGUUAGAAACUGGUAAAACAUCUUUCUUUUUUUCUUUAU